AUGGUGGGCACACUCAAGCCGAUCAUUACGUCCGUGUUGGACACAGAUGCAUACAAGCUUCACAUGCAGCAAGCUGUUUUUCACUUGUACCCCUCCGUUCGCUCAACUUUUGAGUUUCACUGCCGCAAUAAAGAUGAACAUUUGGGUGACGCGGCCGAUGAUAUACGUGAACAAGUGUGUCUCAUGCAGAAACUUGCCCUCACAGAGGACGAGUAUGAGUACUUGGCGUCGAAACGGUUUCUACGAAAGGACUACUUGGAUUGGCUUCGCAACUUUCGGUUCAACCCACGGCAGGUAGCUGUGCGAAGUGUGCCGACAAGCGAUGGGAAACAAAUGGAUCUUGCCAUCAGCAUUGAAGGUCCGUGGGUGCAGACAAUUCUUUGGGAGGUGCCGCUGUUGGCCAUCGUGAGCGAAGUGGUGCACCAACGCCGCACACCGAACUUGGGGGUGGCGGAGGCGGUGACGCACCUUGAUAAAAAACUGGAGAAAUUAUUUGCCCAUACGCCUCUUGAGACGAUAGAGACUUUUACCGUCUCGGACUUUGGAACCCGGCGACGUUACAGCUUUGCCGUGCAGGAGGCCGUUGUAAAGGCGCUCCAGCGGCAUCCAAAGUUCAGUCGUUACUUCCGUGGCACGAGCAAUUACCUGCUGGCGAAGAAUCUGAAUCUUCCGGCAAUUGGCACGCAGGCUCACGAAUGGUUUCAGGCUCAUCAGCAGUUGGCUCCCACGUUGCGUGAUUCGCAACGGGUGGCCCUGAGGCAGUGGUUGGUGGAGUACCCACAUGAUCUUGGCAUUGCACUCACAGAUUGCAUCUCCAUGGACAGUUUCCUGCAUGACUUCAGCAAGGAUCUUGCCAAUGCAUACGUUGGCCUCCGUCACGAUUCCGGUGACCCUAUUGAGUGGGGGGAAAAGGCGGUGCAGCAUUACCGCGAACUCGGCAUUGACCCAAAAAGCAAAACACUUGUCUUUUCUGACUCCCUAGACCUUGAGAAGGCCGCGAUGCUGCACCGUAUCUUUACUAGUGAGGUGAAUGUCAUGUGUGGAAUCGGCACACAGCUCUCCUGCUCCAUCCCGGGUGUGCGUGGGCUCAAUAUUGUCAUCAAGAUGACUGGUUGUGAGGGGAAGCCCGUUGCAAAGCUGUCCGAUGCCCCCGAUAAAACUAUUUGCCGCGACAACCAAUUUCUUUCGGAUCUGAAGCGUGCGUUUGGUUUGCCAAUGGUGGCUGCUGCUGCUGCUGCCGCCCCCGCCGUCGCUGCGGCCGCGAAGGACGACAUAAUUCGAGGCCGACAAAAUAACCCACAUCGACUAAGCGAAUGA